CGUAGUCACAUGGUACCUCCCGGACAUUCUGGCGCCGCCUAGCUAAAGCUUACAAAUAGCACGCGAUUAAGCAUUUAGACGCAUCGCCAACAGCACAGCACAGCACAAUACACGCGCACAAACACGCUCGACCCCGACGAAAGGCCAUGUCGACGGAGGCGCUGCUCGCGGGCGGCGGCGGCGGCGGCGACCGGCGGCGGGUGAGCAUCGACGAGGCGCUGGCGGAGCACGCGGGCGAGUUCGGGCGGUGGCAGCUGCGGCACUUCGUGCUGGUGUCGGCGGCGUGGGCGCUGGAGGCGCUGCACAGCAUGGUCAUCAUCUUCGCCGACCGCGAGCCGCCCAUGUCCUGCCUCGCCGCCGCCGGCGCGUCCUGCGGCGCCGACCGCUGCGCCGUGGGGUCCGGGUGGGGGUGGGCCCAGGGGAGUGCGUCGUCGACGGUGGCCGAGUGGGGCCUCGUCUGCGGCGAGCGCUACAAGGUCGGCCUCGUCCAGGCCAUCUUCUUCGCCGGCUGCAUGAUCGGCGCGGGCGUGUUCGGGCACCUAUCAGACUCAUUCCUGGGCCGAAAAGGUUCCCUCCAAGUGGCCUGCUUCCUCAGCGCCAUCUUCGGCCUGCUAACCGCCCUCUCCCCCAACUACUGGGCCUACGCGGCCCUCCGCCUCCUAACAGGCUUCAGCACGGGCAGCGUGGGCCUCUGCUCCUUCGUGCUGGCCACGGAGCCCAUCGGGCCCUCCCGCCGCGGCGCCGCGGGGAUGUCCACCUUCUACUUCUUCUCCGGCGGCAUCGCCGCCCUGGCCGGCGUCGCGGCGCUGUUCCAGUCCUCCUGGCGCGCCCUCUACGUCUUCACCUCCCUCCCUUCCCUCGCCUUCGCGCUUGCCGUGCUCCCCUUCGUGUCCGAGUCCCCGCGCUGGUUCCUCGUCCGCCACCGCGCCCACGACGCCCUGCGCGUCCUCCGCGACAUCGCUUCCAAAAAUGGCAGGGUGUUCCCCGACGGAGUCACUCUCAAGCUCGACGAUGAUGUCGAGGAGGACGACGAGAAUGUCGACAAGAACAACAAGGUCGAAGAGCAAGAGAGGAAUUCGGCGUCGGAUUCGUCGAUCCUGGACGUGUUCAGGUCGCGCACGACGAGGGCGCGGCUGGUCCUGUCGGUGCUCAUCAACCUGCUCUGCUCCGUGGUCUACUACGGGCUGAGCCUCAACGUGGUGAACCUCAAGACCAACCUCUACGUGAGCGUGGCCAUCAACUCGCUGGCCGAGAUGCCGGCCUACCUGCUCACGGCGCUCCUCCUGGACCGAUUCGGCCGGAAGCCGCUCGGCAUCGGCACCAUGCUGCUCAGCGGCGCCUUCUGCAUCGCCGGCAGCCUCAUCGUCCCAGGAGCCGGCGCCGGUGGAGCCAUGAGGAUCGUGAGGAUGGGGUGCGGCGUGGUGGGGAUCUUCGGGAUGGCGGCGACGUACAACCUGCUGUUCAUUUACACGGCGGAGCUGUUCCCGACGGUGGUGCGGAACGCGGCGCUCGGGUGCACGUCGCAGGCGUCUCAGAUGGGGGCCAUUCUCGCGCCGCUUGUCGUGGUGCUUGGGGAAAGGGUGCCGUUCGCGGUGUUUGGAGUGUCGGGUAUCGUUGGUGGGUUGCUUGUGUUUUAUCUCCCGGAGACGAUGAACAAGCCGUUGUAUGACACCAUGGCCGGGCUGGAGGAAGGCGAGAAGACCGUGUUGAAGUGACAAGGAAGGUGCAGCGGAUAGCGGGAAACUCGGAGUUUUCAUCAGUUUUCGUGUUGUGUCUCGCCCCUGGAGCCAUGUCACUCCGUAGCAUUUUUUUUUUUCUUCUUCUGAAGGGGUCUGUAUAAUGUUUCUUUUUUCUGUAGAAAAUAUAGAACGCUCCACUUGUAAAUCAAAGGGGAGUGUUCAUACUUCGUGUAGCCUAAAUUUCUGUAUUUCUUGUUUAAAUCACGUAAAAUAUUAUCGAGAAUUCGAGAUA